CUGCUACGGACUCUUUGAGAGUAUUCCACUCAGUUAAUGCAUGUUGCCAACUACACUUCGAACUAUUUUCUUCAGAAGACUUGCUUCAAUAGCCACAAUGUCUCGUCUUCACCGCUUCGAGGAUUCAAUGGGAAGCGUGUAUGGAAAAUUCUCUGAAGUGCCCGACGCUUCGGCCUGGGUACCCCCGCCAAAGUCUGGGGGCCAUCGCGGGCGCUAUCUAUGGACUGACGCUUUCGGCGUGCUGAACUUCCUAACGUUGCAUAAGGAGAAUCAAACCUAUGACGAAAGGUAUCUCACGUUUGCAAAACGGCUUGUUUACACUGUCCACGAUGUCUUGGGUCGGACUCGCGAUGGACGGGCGCGCCUCCCACAUGCCACCGACAAAGAGCCGCUUCUAGGCGGGCUGCGUAUCGGAAAGGAAUCAGAAACAGGACCCGACGGUGAUGGCCAAUAUCACCAUUAUCUAACCCUGUGGAUGUUUGCACUGAAUCGGUUGUCCAUGGCUACGGGCGAUCCAUCAUUUAAUCGGCAAGCCGUCUCUCUGGCUAAAGCCAUACACCCGCACUUCUUCCUUGACCGAACAUCGGCGCGUCCACGAAUGGUUUGGAAGGUAGCAAUGGAUCUAUCUCGACCGCUUGUGGCGAGCGAAGGGAACCUAGAUCCGAUAGAUGGAUUCGUCGUCUUCCGGAUUCUGCAAUCAUCAGCCGAGAAAUAUGGUGAUGGCAAGGUUUUAGAGGAAGAAAUUGGCGACUACGAGAGAGUGAUGGCUCGUAAAGGGAGCCAUUACGUAUCUAGCGACGCUCUGGACCUGGGAAUGACUCUGUGGACAGCCCAUUGGCUCGCUAUAAAAGAAGACUGGGCAGCCGAUUUGGCGAAGAGAUGUAUCUCCCAACUGCGAAACCUCUUCAACAUUGACAGGUAUCUCGAAACGCCGGUGCGCUUUCGCCUUGCAUUUAGAGAGUUCGGGACGUGUCUCGGAAUAGGUUGUAUCUUUGACCCAGACAGCAAGGCGGAUGGCGCUCUUGAGUUGAGAUCGCGUUCAGAUGAGAUCCUUUCCCAGUGGGAAAGGUAUAUAUCUUCGGCUUUGACCCCGGAAGAUCUGAAGCCUAUCACGACAGUCAUGUAUUCCACAGCUUUAAUCCCUGGCGCAUUCAAGGCAGGAUUUUUUGGCCCUGAGCCUAUCAGGGAUAUCAUAGACUGA